GCGGGGAAAAACAGGGCAACGAGCAUGAGUCCGCAUUAUGGGUAUAAAACCAGGCGCCGAGAGUCCCCCUGUAGGUCGCAUUUUCUGGGCGGGAAGUAAACAGAGGCUCGUGAGAGGCGGCUAGGAAUAGCUGUGAGGAAGUCGGCCCAAGGGAGCAGAGCUCCACCUCGUGGUGCGGCGGCCUGGAGGAAACGCGGAGCCUUCCAGUGGGGCGAGGGGGGGGGGGGGGCUAAGCGGGAGGUCACGUGGCGUGGUGCCGUGGGCCGCCGGAGGAGCAACAGCUGCUGCUGAAGCCGCGCCCGAGCAGCGGGCGGGGAGUGUCGUCCUCCUCCUGGUCCUCUCUGUUGGGGGGCUGUUCCUGAGCUGGUGCUUUGCAGAGCCUGGAAGGGCCGUCGCUGUUCUCCGGUUUCUAAGGAAGAUGACUUUGUUUAAUGGAGGGGUUCCCAACCUGUGUCACUCCAGAUUUUGCUGGACUGCAGCUGCCAUCUUCCUUGGAUACAACUUGUCACUAGCAAUGGAACAAGAACAGAAUUCAAGUAGGCAAGAAGAUGACAACAUGAAGACAAUCGAAGAAGAAUACAAGAAAGCUUUUAUGUAUAUUAACAAAGGCCUGAAUAUUGAUGAGUUGGGACAGAAGGAAGAAGCAAAGAAAUGUUACAGGCGGGGACUUGACCACUUGCUCAGGGGAGUUAGCAUUCCAUCCCAAGGUCCAGAAUGUGUGGGGACCCAGUGGGAAGCUGCCAGACAAAUGCAGCAGAAAAUGAGAGACACUCUUCAAAACGUUAAUGCUCGCCUGAACAUGCUAGAUGAAAAUGCACAACCCAGUCCCACUGCAGUGCAUCCCUCUGUAGAGACACCAAAGUUAUAUCCCACAAUUCCUUCCAAAGAGAAGCCAGAGAGGCCUUCCCUACCAAAGUCACUGAUGUCUCCAUCUCUGCCCCUGGCACCAGGUGGAUCUACAAGCCAAGGGCUGGCUGUGACGAGUCCUUUAUCUCCUAUAGCUCAGCCUCUGUCCAGUGUAGCACCUCCAGCUUACACCCCUGAGGCUACUGAUGGGCACUAUACUGUGUCUUAUGGGACUGAUUCUGGGGAGGUUUCAUCUGUUGGAAAUGAGUUCUACACCCAGUGUGCGCAGCCACCUCCUAUCCAGAAUCUUGGAGUAGAUGCCGAUGAGCUGAUCCUCAUUCCCCAGGGGGUGCAGAUAUUCUUUGUGUCUCCUGACGGUCAAGUUAGUGCUCCCUCAUAUCCUGGAUACCUUCGCAUUGUGAAGUUCUUAGACGAGGAUGGUGCAGCAGCGCAGAAUCGUCCCCCUGCUUUUCUUCAGGUUUGUGACUGGCUGUAUCCCCUCAUGUGCAAUCAGUCACCUGUUCUCUCCUGCAACACUGGCGUCUAUAUGUUCCCUGACAUGAUGUCACAGGUGUCAGGUUCCUAUGUGGGGGUCGUGUUAUCUUCAGAACUUCCUGCUGCUGACAGAGAAUUGUUUGAAGAUCUGCUGAAACAGAUGUCUGACCUUAGAGUGCAGGUUCCGGGAUCCUCUGAGGGAAUAGGGUUAUCAGAAUGCUCAAGAUCUCACAAAGAGCUUUUUGAGGAUCUGUUAAAACAGAAAUCUGAUCUCAGAGCCAAGCCUGGAGAGGCUUCAAGUGAUGUUAACCUGCCCCAAACUGUACAUAUUCAGCCAGUGCCUGAAGGGAAGGCGCAUGAAUUACCUGACUGGAGUGAGAGAGUAGCCCAUGGCAUCUUAUCAGGAGCAUCCUGGGUGAGCUGGGGCCUGGUCAAAGGAGCAGAAUUCACAGGAAAAGCAAUCCACAAAGGAGCUUCUAAACUAAGAGAACACAUCCAGCCAGAGGAAAAGCCUUUGGAAGUCAACCCAUCUGUUGCAAAGGGGUUGCAUGUAGCAAAGCAAGCUACAGGGGGAGCUGUGAAAGUCAGCCACCUCUUAGUUGAAGGUGUGUGCUCUAUAGCAAGUUGUAUUGGAAGAGAGUUGGCCCCUCAUGUCAAGAAGCAUGGAAGCAAACUGGUUCCAGACUCCCUUAAGAAAGACAAAGAGGGAAAGUCCACUUUUGAUGGUGCUAUGGUUGUAGCAGCAAGUGGCGUUCAAGGAUUUUCAACAAUAUGGCAAGGUUUGGAAAGUGCUGCAAAAUGUAUUGCUAAAAAUGUGUCUAAAGAGACUGUUCAAACUGUUAGGCACAAAUUUAAAAAUAGGAAAAUUGGAGAUCAGCUUUCAGUGCCCACUAAGAGUGAAAAGCAAUAAGUAACUUGCAAAUAUCUACAACUUAUAUCUGUCUAGAGGAUCCUCUAAUUUUCACCCCAUCUCUCAACUGUGUACCACAAAACGCCCUACACAAAUCUUUAUGAAAUGAAUUAAGAUGAGCACAGGGCAAGCUCCUCCAGACACAGGACCACAUCAAGCAUCUAUUGUAUAAAAGACUGUCACUCAAGUUCCAUGUAACUCCAAAACUUUGGGUGUUUUUGAAGAGCCCAUAAAACAGGGCAUAUUUCACACAGCAGGCUUUACUGUGAGUUCAAAGUUGCCCCAAAAAACCAAUGCAAAAAGUGGAUUUUUUUAAACCCAUGUAAAUCAGGCUACAUUCCAACAUGCCAAAACCCAAAUCGUGUGUGAAGUGCUCCUGAUAGCUCAUGAGGACUUCAGGGUAAAUAUGGCAGAUAUAUGAACGCAGACCCUCCACUCCAGAGGAGAUGCAAGCUUAAAAGCCCAGUGUGAAAAACGUCCAGGCUGUAGUAAUAUUAGUAUGUGCAUUGCUGUUGUUCAUAUAGUCUAGUGCUACCAGUGUAGUCACUUUUACUUUAUAGCAGGGGUUUCCAGAGGAUAUUGGACUACAAUUCUCAUCCCCUUCAGCCACAAUGGCAUGGAUGAAUGGUAUGCUGGGAGUUGUAGUCAAACAUUAAGUGGAAAUCCAAGUUUGGGAACCCCUUCUGUAUAGUACAGCUGCUUGAUUCCCUGGUAAAAAUUAUGUAAUCUGGAGGUGGACAAACUCUCUCCCCAAAAUGAGUUGCAUUUUGUGAAAUCCCUUAAGCACUUGAAGCCCAUGUCUAACUCCUUUGAACUGAAGUUCAGUAAUUGUUGGAUCUCCUUGCUCCUAGACACCAAGGUCUUUAUGCUGUUCUCAUCCACAAUAUCUCUGCUGCCUUUGAUACAGUUAACUAUCCCCCCACCCCCUAUGUAAAUUGCUUUGUGACUUUACCACUGCUGGUUCUCUUCCUUGUUUGAGACUGGCACGGCUCAGCUCCUAGCUCCUUAAUGUUAAAUGUUUUCUUGUCGUCUAAAAUUAGGAAGUCUGCAUUGAUACCAAUUCUUGUUCCUGAACUGCUUUGCUAUAAAACAUUAAAAUUUGUUUUUUCUACCCACUCACCUUUUAAAUACCACCAGUGUUUGGGUUAUCCAAACUCCUGACAAGUACAGUAUAGUUUUGAGAUGGUGUGACUACUCUCCUUACUUGCUAUUACUUUUGGUACUGCAUGAGUUAACGGUUAAUUUUUUUAAUAUUAGUGCUUGUGGAUUAUGGUGUCAUGAUGAAACUAAUACAAUUGGGUAUGUUUGCUCUCCAACUAACCGGAUCAAAUGAGAUGAUUAUAUUUGACAUAAUAUAAGGUUGCUGUGUUGUCAACAGAAAAGGUAUAUAGAAAUAGAAUAUUUAAGGGUUAUAGUACUGGGUCCUACUUUUCUCUGUAUGUGUGCAUUACUCUAAUCAAGACCUGGAUUGCAUUAUACCGACAAAUAUUGUGUACAAGAGAAACUUCCAGUAUUUUGGCUCUAAAUACAGUUAGCCACCCUGGAAGACUUGGAAAAGAAUAUUUGAAUAUUUGGUAUUCGGAAACUUCAUUCAUAGUCUCCCCCCCCCCCACACACACACACAAGUAGCAGAUUAAAACCUUUGUCUUGGAGCAAGCUCACGUGAGGGAAAAAUGCUGAAUCAUCCCUGCAUGACUAGGCUUCUCCUAAUAAUCUUCUGUAUUUUUGGUAGGUUCAAAAAUAGCUGCCACCACCACACCUCUUAAUUACAGAGCUUGAACCUCCCUGGGCUUGGGGGUGGAAUCCCAGGGAAAACUCUACUUUGCUACUAGACAAGUACAAAAAUCUUCCACAUGCAAGCCUACACAUAGUGAGAAACUUGAUAGCUGCUGAACACCUGAGGAGACGUGUUUGCACCAGAUAAAUCCCCCUUUACCACCACCAUCCAACUUUCCUGAGUUAAAAAGCAAAUCUGAGAGGCUUGUAAAAGAAAAGGAACAAAAAGGUUUUAUUCCAGUACUACAGACUGCUUCCAUCUGAGGCAUACUCAGCUUUUAGUUACAGAUAAAUACUCAGUAGGUUACAAGAAUACAUCAAAAGCACCCAAAUGAUGUUGGGGCAGCACACUUUAAAAAUAUUGGUUACCCAGUUGCAAAGAACAGGUAUGUACGAAAAUGCAAAAGCACACUUAAAUGCAUACAGCGUCUUUUGCUAUGCCCUAGGUGUAUGAAGUGUAGGCUAGUGUUUCUUAUUUCAAUUAUGUUGUAGGUAAACUAUAAUAGAACAGUAUUGGGGAAUAUGCAAAACCCACACUCUAUAACUUCUAAUGCAAGGUCUGACUAAACAAACUUUCCCUAGACUAAAUUUCCCGAAGCCAAAGCCCAGGCUUCCUGCCCUCCUAUCUUUCAAGGAUCCGCAGAAUCAAUUUCUUGCAGCACUUCUACCUGGCCACUUAUCCUUCUCUAACAAGGAACUGCCUUCUUCCCAAAAGCUCUCUAGGUCCCACCCACCUGGUGUGGGUACAUAAUUGCUGAGCCCUGGAGUUCACCAGCCUGUCAGUCAGGACAGGAUUCACUUCCGUGAAUCCUGAGGCAUGGCUGAUCACUACACACCCAAUUUUGGGAUUUUGUUAGCUUCUUUCCGCCCCCCCCCCCAGUAUUAAUUAGGAAUGUGCUGAAAACACAAUUGGCCACUGAGCUGCAGCACAUCCCCCACACAUUUAACAGGGACGAGAGCAGGUAAGGAUCUGCUCUUGUGAUUCGCUGCUCAGAUAGCACCAUCCAGAGUGAAUCUUUAAAUCCUAUAAGCAGUUUGUCUCAAAGUGGCAUGUUAAUAUUUAAUCUGAAAUAGACUGCAAAUUUCCAUGAUGGUGUAUUGGGCACUUAAAAUGCUUUCUCCAAUACAUAAUUGCUGAAAUUGGGCUGUUAUGCUUGCACUGCAGGGAAGAAUUGAGUAAGAUUGCUCCUUUCUUUCAUAUACAGAGGGUAGCCAAGCUUUGUAUCUGAAAAAAUGCUUUCCAACCUUCACUUGGGCAUGCAUAGUAAGAACACACAGUGUACACUUUAAAAUGUGGCAGAGAGCUCUUCCUAGUGCUAGAAUAAGGAAGUUUCCCAUAUUUCUGGGUAAGAAGGUAGAUCUUAUUUCCCAAUAAAAACAUCCUGAUUGGUUUAAGAAGCUUUCAGUUUUUAAAACCCAACUUAAAUCUCUUAAUUUAGCAUUUCAACCUUGUGCUUCAUUGUGCAUUUGAUGUAAUGUGGUUUAGCUAACCUCAGCAAAAAAAAUCUUGCAUUCUCUGUACUCUUACAGUUCUGGGGUGGGAACAGUGCUUUUGAUUA